AUGUCUUUUCCAGCAAUAUCAAACUACUAUUGUUCUUUGCUUAAGCUCUACUGUGAAACCCAUAACCAAUUUCAAGUAAAGAAGCUACAUUGCUAUAUAAUCAAGACGCUUUUCGAUACCGAAACAUUUUUGCUCAAUAAUCUCAUUAGCAGUUACUGUAAACUAGGAAAUAUUAAUUAUGCACGCAAGGUGUUUGAUGAAAUUCCCCAACCAAAUUUAUUCUCAUGGAACAACAUUCUUUCUGCUUAUUCGAAAUCCGGGAACUUAUUAGAAAUGGAAAAGAUAUUGAAUAUAAUGCCGAGACGAGAUGGGGUGUCGUGGAAUUCGGUUAUAUCUGGUUAUGCUAGUUUUGGUACUUAUGGGAAAGCGGUGGAGGCGUAUAAGAUGAUGUUGAAGGAAGAAAGAGGGGUGAGUUUGAAUAGGAUUACGUUCUCGACUAUGCUUAUUUUGUCGUCGAAUAAUGGGUUAGUUGAUUUGGGUAAGCAAAUACAUGGACAAGUGGUGAGUUAUGGGUUUGAAUCUUAUGUGUUUGUGGGUAGCCCGUUGGUGGAAAUGUAUUGCAAAGCGGGUAUUGUGAAUGAUGCGAGACGUGUUUUUGAUGGGUUGCCUGAAAAGAAUGUGGUGAUGUAUAAUACGAUGAUUAUGGGUCUUCUUCGUUGUGGCAUGGUUAAGGCUUCAGAGGAGUUAUUUGGUUCUAUGAAUGAGAAAGAUUCGAUCACUUGGACAACGAUGGUUACAGGGUUUACCCAAAAUGGUUUAGAGAGAAAAGCAAUUAAUAUAUUUAGGGAAAUGAGGAUGCAGGGAAUGGGUAUAGACCAGUUUACUCUUGGAAGCAUCUUGAUGGCUUGUAGUGCAAUUACGGCUUUAAAGGAAGGUUCACAAAUUCAUGCAUAUAUUACAAGGAACGAUCUUAUGGAUAAUAUAUAUGUCGGAAGUUCACUUGUUGAUAUGUAUUUGAAGUGUAAACAUGUGAACUAUGCAGAAAUGGUAUUUAAUAGGAUGUCGUUUAAAAAUAUUGUAUCUUGGACUGCAAUGAUAGUGGGUUAUGGUCAAAAUGGGCACAGUGAAGAAGCGUUAAGGGUUUAUGUUGAUAUGCAAAGAAAUGGCGUUGAGCCUGAUGAAUAUACUCUUGGAAGUGUAAUCAGCUCAAGUGCAAAUCUUGCCAGUUUAGAAGAGGGUGCUCAGUUUCAUGGUCAAGCAGUGGUUUCAGGCUUGAUUUCAUUUAUCACCGUCUCUAAUGCACUUGUGACCUUUUAUGGUAAAUGUGGAACUGUUGAGAAAUCUAGUCAGUUGUUCGAUGAAAUGAAGAUUAAGGAUGAAGUAUCAUACACUGCAUUGAUUACAGGGUAUUCCCAAUUUGGGGAAGCCAAUAAAACAAUAAAUCUUUUUAACCAAAUGUUGGCUAGUCAACUACGGCCAGACGGAGUAACUUUCAUUGGUGUCCUUUCAGCCUGCAGUAGGGCAGGGCUAGUGGAACAAGGACGUGGGUAUUUCAAGUCAAUGGUUGAAGAACAUGGAAUUGUACCAGUUUCUGACCAUUACAGUUGCAUGAUUGAUCUAUUCAGUAGGGCAGGGAAGCUUGAGGAUGCCAAAUGUUUUAUAAAUGAUAUGCCUUUUAGCCCUGAUGCAUUUGGCUGGACUACGUUACUAAGCUCAUGCAGAUCUCAUGGUAAUUUGGAAAUCGGUAAAUGGGCAGCAAAGUCUUUACAAGAAUUAGAGCCGCAGAACCCUGCAAGCUAUGUAUUGCUAACAAAGUUGUAUUCUAGUAAAAAAGAAUGGGACGAGGUAGCUCAGUUACGAACAGAAAUGAAACAUAAUAAUAUAAGAAAAGAACAGGGACUCAGUUGGAUCAAAUAUAAGAAUAAAGUGCAUGUGUUUUCUGCUGAUGAUAGGUCAAGUCCAUAUUCAGAUAUGAUAUAUGACGAGCUUGAAAAACUGAACGCUAAAAUGAUACUUGCAGGUUUUGAACAUGAUAUGAAGUCUGCUCAUCAUAAUGUAGAGGAUUCUGAAAAAGUAUCAAUGCUUAAUCAUCAUAGUGAGAAACUUGCAAUUGCUUUUGGGUUGAUAUUUAUUCCUCAGAACAUUCCUAUACGAGUUGUAAAAAACCUCCGGGUAUGUGGGGAUUGUCACGCUGCAACUAAGUGUAUUUCUAAGCUAACAAAUAGAGAGAUUCUUGUAAGAGAUGGGGCCCGGUACCAUUUAUUUAAAAAUGGAACUUGUUCUUGUGGAGAUUUCUGGUAAUUAUGAGCAGGCUACUAAACAAAUGAGCCAUACCAAAGACAAAUACAAGGGCGGCCCAUUUUAGUGCAGAUAGUUGUUCUGGGAAGUGUGAGGAACUCGCCUAUGAGAUCUUUUCGCAAAUAAGAAAACUUGAAGACAAAUACUAAAGGUUAGUUAUGUUCGCAACAGUCUCAAGACAUUACUAAACAUGCUGCUGCUAUAGAGGAAUUAGCCUGGAAUUAUCAUUGGCACUUAUAGAACACAUAACAGGUACAUGAGACUGGGAUUACACCACUUAUCAUUUGCUACAAGUAUUGGAUAUGGUAUCACAGCAAUCAAACUUCAUUCACAUCCGGAGACAGUUACCAUUUUCUGAUACAAGCUUAGUUUAGUAUUAUCACCCCAGAUGACUAGAGCUGUUGCAUAAGGUUGUGAGAUGCUCCCAAAUACCUAGUAGUGCAUGGAGAUUAUUUAAAAAGCUAAAUUAGUCGAAUUUUAUGGGCCGUGGAGAAGUGCUUGGCAGCUGCAAUCAUGGUGUCCUCUGGCCCAGAAGACGUGACAGCAGCGUCCACUCCCUUUGUACCCUUUCCUUUUACCGAUGAGAAAGAAAAGCACUCGCACAUAGAUUUGGUUAUUGAUGAGAACCAAUUUAUGAUCCUCUUUUCGUCACUGCCCUUCAUGAUUUUAAAGCGAAGAUGAUAUUGUUUUUGUUUUUUUAGGAGAUUUUAAAUGUGUUGGAUGUUGGUACUCAAUUUGUAUGUGAUACAAAAUAACAAGUGUUAAUGAUUUAUAUAUAAGCAUAUAUGAUGUCUUGAUCAUCAAGGUUGAUUAAUUAAA